GACUGCAACGAUACACAUCAAGCGCACACGAUAAGCCACUCGCUCUAAACGUGACGUAUUUCCUGGAGAAAAGGGUUAGUGGCAAGUUGUUGUCAUUUUCAUCCAAUCCCGAACCGCUUUAUUGUAUUGGCACGUAGCGGCUUAUUUUCCCCUUUGUCUGUCCGUGCUGUUUAAUUUGUACGUGUGUAAAUUAAAACCAGCACUACUCCAGCCAGCAAACAAACCACGUGAAAUGACUUAAACCUAUUAGAAGAAGCCUCUGAAGACAUAACUGGGCUCGACGGUGGAAGUUAACUGGCAAAAUAUAACCAUGGUGGCUGUAAGUUGCUGUAGAAUGACAAGCAAGACGGGAUAGUUGAAUUGAGCACUUUUGGGUGAAGAUGGGUGCAUGCGGGUAGCCUUGUAAUUAAUCUCCCGGACCGAGUAAAGGACGCACAGCGUCAGGUUAGAUGUAAAGUUGCAAGUGAAACCCGCAGAAGGAGGAAUGGGAGUCUCCGCACGGAGGGAGGAUGAGGAGGCAUGCCGUCUCGGUCCUCACUGGUGUUUGACUUGCUAAGGCCAGUGUUCUACUUUGCUGCUGUAAGGUGGAGCAUCCCCACUCUGCCUGGGACACAGCAACAGACGGACAGAUAAACUGCGCUGUGAAGUUCUCCUUUUAAUGGAUGCCAGGGUGGCCCUGCUUCUCUCGUGGACAGUCUUUGUCCUGCUGACAGCUGAACUGAAUUGGAUUGAUGCUGCAAAGGUGUACACCAACACGUGGGCUGUCCAGAUCAAUGGGGGCCCUGGGGAGGCUGACCGCAUCGCCAGGGAACAUGGUUUCAUCAACCAUGGCCAUGUUUUUGGAGAUUAUUAUCACUUCAGGCAUCACGCCGUGGAGAAGAGAGCUUUGUCUGGCCACAAGAGGAUGCACAUCAGACUGCAAAAAGAACCACAGGUCCUGUGGACAGAGCAGCAAGUGGUGAAAAAGAGGAAGAAGAGGGAUGUGUAUGAAGACCUAACAGACCCUGAUUUCCCCAAGCAGUGGUACCUGUCCAACCCAACACAUCAAGAUCUGAAUACAAAAGCAGCCUGGGCUCAGGGCUACACAGGAAGAGGUGUAGUGGUCACUAUCCUGGAUGAUGGCAUUGAGAAGGACCAUCCCGACCUGAUAAGCAAUUACGACCCUGAGGCCAGCUAUGACGUAAAUGAUGGAGAUACUGACCCCCAACCAAGAUAUACACAACGAAAUGAGAACAGGCAUGGAACACGGUGUGCAGGAGAAGUUGCAGCUGCAGCAAACAAUGGCGUCUGUGGCGUGGGUGUGGCCUAUAAUGCUAAAAUUGGAGGAGUUCGUAUGUUGGAUGGGGAGGUGACAGAUGUAGUGGAGGCUCAGUCUCUUAGCCUGAACCCUCAGCACAUCCACAUUUACAGUGCCAGCUGGGGCCCGGAAGAUGACGGCAAGUCUCUGGAUGGCCCUGCCAAGCUGGCUAAGGAGGCUUUCCUCCAGGGAAUCACCAAGGGACGCAGCGGACUGGGCUCCAUCUUCGUCUGGGCUUCGGGUAAUGGUGGCCGGGAGCAAGACAGCUGCAACUGUGACGGCUACACGAACAGCAUUUACACCCUGUCCAUCAGCAGCACCACGCAGUCCGGCAACGUGCCGUGGUACAGCGAGCCUUGCUCCUCCACCCUCGCUACCACCUUCAGCUCUGGAAACCCGGGGGAGAAGCAGAUAGUCACCACCGACCUGAGGCAAAAAUGCACAGACUCUCACACGGGGACAUCCGCGUCAGCCCCGCUCGCUGCUGGGAUCAUCGCUCUGGCUCUGGAGGCCAAUUUGAACUUAACCUGGAGGGAUAUGCAGCACCUGGUGGUGAGAACAUCCCAGCCUGGGCGUCUCAGCGCCAGUGACUGGAAGACCAACGGAGUGGGGCGCAGAGUGAGUCAUUCGUACGGUUAUGGGCUCCUGGAUGCAGGUGCUCUGGUGGCGUUGGCACAGAAUUGGACAUCAGUGGGACCACAGCGCCAGUGUGUUAACACGAUGCUUUCAGAACCAAGAGACAUCGGGAACAAACUGGUGUUCAGCAAGAGCGUGGAUGCCUGCUGGGGACGACCAGAGCAUGUCAGCUCCCUGGAACACGUUCAGGCUCGCCUCACUCUCUCCUACAACCAGAGAGGAAAAUUGGCCAUUCAUCUCAUCAGCCCGCUGGGCACACGCUCCACCCUGCUGUUCCCCAGGCCCAAUGACUUCUCCUCAGAGGGUUUCAAUGAUUGGGCCUUUAUGACCACACACUCAUGGGACGAAGACCCUCAAGGAGAGUGGACCCUGGAGAUAGAAAAUGUAGCACCUAAUGGACGUGACUAUGGUGUGUUGAGUCAAUUCACCCUCAUCCUGUGGGGUACUGGGCCCAGCAUAGUCAACCCCUCGUCCCCUGACUUCCCUCGGCCGUCCAACAACAGCUGCAAGACAUUCGAUGCCCAGCAGAUCUGUAUCGAGUGCAGCCCUGGCUUCUCCCUCUUCCUGCAGGGUUGUGUGAAAUUGUGUCCGCCGGGCUUCACGUCGGGGCAGCAGCUCCUCAACCUCUCUCUGGAGAACUGGGUGGAUUUAUCCUCCGUCCAGGCCUGCCUGCCCUGCAAUCCUGCCUGUCUCACUUGCUCUGGCACCGGGCCUGCAGAUUGCCUGUCCUGCCCUCCUCACAGCCAUCUGGUCUUCACCUCCUGUUUGCACCAGAACCAAGUCCAGCGAAAAUCCCCUCUAACUGGAGGACUCCAGGGUGACGGAGCGCAGCCAGAAGGGGCGAGUCCAGCAGUAGCAGACCACGACAGCAAAGUAGCUGAGGAAUCCCCAGGGCUCAUUGUAGCUCCGUCCACUCAAUUCCCUGCCGUCGUGGCCCUUCUCAGCUGUGCCUUCAUCCUGGCUGCCUUCGUCGGGGUCUUCUUCUUGCUGCAGUUACGCUCAGGUGGCGCUUCUGCCUGGAGGACCAAAUUGCCCUCUGGAUUUUCAGAGACAAAGGGGGUGCGGGUGGGCUUUGGUUUUGGCUUCCGGCAGGGACGGGAGAGAAAGGCAAGGAUAUGCUACAAGGGAAUCCCCACUGUGUGGGCAGAUGAGGACAUGAUUGCCUACGAGUCUGAAUCAGACAGCGAGGAAGUGGAUGGUCACAGCGAGAGAACAGCCUUUAUUAAGACGCAGAGCUCAAUCUAGCUGAAGCUGCAUCUGCUGUUGUGGUGUCUGACACGAAGACAGGUCUGACUGCACGGAGCUGAUUCGUGAAGCAGAGUCGCACAGGUUCAGAAAAACACAAAGCGCAGGCCUUACUGUCCCAUCGGCACCCCAUCCAAACGCAGAGCCAAUCAUUUUUUUCAUGUAUUUAUUUACUACAUGCUUCAUGUGUAUUUUCAUGUAUUUUAUCUUUUAUUUGAAUGAUGUCAGUUGUAUUGAUAAGCUUUGUCACCAUUUAAAUGUGUUAUGCAACUAAUUUACUUUGGAAAUAUUUUUCAGAGUGCUUUCCCGAAAAUGAGUACUGCCACACCCUUAAAGCUUGGACACCUAACAGGAGAGAGUUGGAGACAGAAUGGUCUAAUAUUAAGCAGCAGAGACCAAGAUAUCCUGAGUUUUGAAGAGGCACGACCAUGACGUUGUGCAACUCCACCUAGAAUAAAUAAACGUACCUUAUUUAAAUUUGGCAACAAUGCAGUGCAUUCAGUACGACUGCUAUUUUUGAUCAGCCACUAGAAUUCUCCUUCUGACCGCCUGUGCGUCUGUGGCGGUUGCUUUAUCUCCUCCACUUAUAAAAAAAAAAGAUGGCGCUUUAAUUAGAAUUGUGAUUUUGCAGAAGAGUACAAACUCAAAAUUAUCCUGUGGCCAUAUGUUGCAGGCGUCCAAAAGCAAACAAGGAAGCUUAGAAUAUUUUGGCUUUUAUGGGAAUAUUUUCUCUCUAAUGCCUCAGGAUAUUAUAGCAUUACAGUCCGACCCUGGGUGACAAAAUCACAGUCCACACCACCAGGAAAGUUGAGAAAAAGGCAUCCAUGCUCGUGGUUGUGUUCGUGGCUUGAUGCAGCGCCUUCGGGCACUUCCACUGAAAAGUGCAUUCUGGUGUUUUGGGUUGUAGUUUGUAACCCAGCUCUCAUCACCAGGGAUGAUCCUUUAUGUCACAUCCUGGUCAGUUUGAGAGGGAAGUUGUUUACUCGAGGCAUUUGAGGUCGUGAUGACUCUGCCAAGACACGUGUGAUGAAAAGGGCAGCUCCAGGGAGUGAUUUUUCUUUUUUAAAAUAGGGGGAGUGCUGGAAGUACUCGAGAAGGUCAAGCUGACCUUGAAGGGGAGCUCAAAUUCAAGCUGGGUAUGGUUUUUUGCUUUUAUAGACAAAGUUGCAAACUUUUUGAUUGCAUUUGUAGGUCAAGGCCCCAAAUCGAUGAAUACUAGUGUCCAACUGAAUAUCUGUGAAUUUCAAACUAUAUAUCUGCACUUGGUAAUGCAUGGUUCCUGAGGGGGAGAAAAAAACAGCGCCCCCUAGCAUAAAAACUAAUCAGAACUUGGAGUAAUCUUGAUGUGAUCACAGUAGUUAAUUUAUUCAGGCUUAGCAAAGCACCUCCAGAACUAAAGGCCUUAUUCAGAGGCUGAGAAGCACAUGUGCCAAGCACUGUGUAAAAAUGUGUGGAGCGGCCCUUUACUCCAUUACUUCAUCUAAGGCAUAUCUAAUUUGUCUCAAAUACAGACAUCUGGCCUCUACUUCAGGUGGACUUCUAAUAUAUUGCUGUUGUUAUCUUUCAUCAGAGACCUGACAGAUUGCAGGCCAGGGGUUAUAAAGUUGACUCGCUGUUCAUUAAUACUAAGAAAAACUUUAAAUUGAGGAUUUCUGCAGCGCGCUGGGACAGCAUAAUAAAACAUCCCCGCAGGUUGUUUGAUAA